UUUUCCAGUUGGAAGGUUGUAUAUCUAACUCUGCAUAUGUCAACAGCCGUUCUAAAUACACUAGAGUAAUAAUGGCACACUCAGCAGUCAGUUGAGCAGCAUUGAACAAAGUCCUCACAAACUUGUAAAUCUGUCGAUGUUCCGGAUUAUGCUUGUCAUAAUCGUCACUGACCCCAUCCCUCGUAAGCGGAUGCAUCUUCUCAUCGAAAAUAUCAAUCUCCCUUUGCGAAUCCCUAUUUUUGAUGUGGUAAUAAAUCGCCAAGGCCACACACUUGACCGUGUUCUUCAAGUUGGGCUGCGAGACUGUGCUGUCGUCCAGAUAGAUCGUCGAACAGGAGCUGCUUUUCUUCAGGGGGCGCAAAUCGGCGAUCUGGUGCUGGCUCUUCCUGCGGAUCAUGCCAUUCUCGAUGGCCGUCUUGGAGCGCUCGAUGAAGAUGGUCUUGGCUGUGGGGUCCUGCGAGGGGUCGGCGUCGCCGUCGUCGGCUUCCCGCUCACUGAUAUGCUGCAGGUUACUGACACUAACCUCGCCCUCAUUCAGCGUGUCUUCGAUGGGGAUGAUGACGCGAUGGCUGGUCUGCGGGCUGGAGUACGAGCAGCAGCUGUUCUUGUUGCCCAUGGCGGCGCUUUUGGGGGCCCCUUAACGUGCGUCCAUCGGGUCGACGCGACGUUAUCUGCAAGACGAGUAGUUCAUUUUAUCACCUUUGUGUCCACACUGAUAAGCGGAUUUUAGAUAAACAGAGAUAUUUCAUAAAAUAGAAUGGGGAAAUUUGAACGUUGGCACUGGUUUGGUUGCAAGUUGCAGACAAGAGUCGCCAACCUGGCGGUUCGAAAAUCCUGUUUAUAUUAGGCCCGGUUAUGAAAUGGCGGAUGGUGUUUUAUUGUCAAAGAACGAGUGCUUUUAAACAAAAAGACUAAGAUUGUCGCCUCACACCACUUUGUAAAUGAAUGGCGAAUUAUUCGGCGAUGAGGGAGCGGUCCCGUCGUGACCCGGACGCGUAUCGAAAUUGACCGUAAUAUGGGGUGAAUUGGAGCCCGAAAAAUCGCUCGUCUUUCACACAGAAGUCGCAAAAAUCUGCUCAAGUAAACUUUAAUGUCCUCAACUGUUAAGUUGCGUGAUGGAAAUAGACGUUACACCCGAAGCGAGUUCAGAAAAAAGUGACGGUGCUUCGAGUCAAGGCGAGGAAGAAAAUGUCGAAAAAGUCGCCGAAAAAACGGCCCCCGAGCCGACCAAGAGCAAGAAAGCUAUCAAGCUUGCGUUGCGACAGCAGGCCAAACGCAGGAAAAAGAACACUACGAUUGCGUCUGGGAAUACGUCUACAGUACCUAGGAUAAUAGUGAAACCGUUGCCCCCACAGCCUCCCGAGGAGGUGCCCCCGGCUUCUGUCAAAACCCCCACGAUGAGGGAAGUCCUAGCGUCGAUUCCUGGCUUCACCAUGAAACCUAGAAGACGCACCAAUAAGAAACUUUCAACUGCAGCUCAAUUGGAACAAACCAAAGAGGGCUGCAUCGAUUUGGAAACUCCAGACUCAAUCCUUGUCAACACAAACUUAAGACUAUUACUCAACAAAGCGACCUUUGCCUCUCUACCCCUUUUAUACCAAAACAAAUUAGUGCAAUUAUUACCAGACGUUGAUCGAAAUAGUGUAACAAAUUCUUCAGAUUCCCUUGAACUCAGCAAUUCCGGAUUAAAUAACGAAUUUUUUGCGAGGGCGUGUGUUGAAUGGCAGGAUCGGCUAGCUGAAGGCGAAUUUACUCCAGAAAAUCAACAAAAAUUGAAACUGGAAGCUGACAAAGAGCGCAGUAAACUAGAUCCUUGGAAGUUGAAACACUUUGAACCAAUUUGGGGAGAUAGGAGUCAAACUGAACCUCUCCAAAGUUUCAACACACCUCCAGCAACAGCCCCAGCAAGACCCCCUAUAAAAACCACAAUAAAAUUAAGACCCACCACCACAGUCAGCAGCAAUAAAUCGAAAGUAGCGCCACCUGUCAAACGACUACGAACCGUAGGAGCGAUGACUAGAUCCUGCACAAGCCUGAAAGAAUCUGAAAUAACAAAUCAGGAACCGGUAAAGACUCCAAUUCCUGAUUUGUUACCGAUUAAAUCGGUCCGAAACCAAGCGCCUAAGGAAGAACCCAAACCAAUAAUCGAAGAUCUCAGCGAAACUCAUGCCGAAAAACAAGAAAACUGUAUAAUAAACAUAAGCAAAACUAUUCUUCAAACCGACGAAGAGACAAUCAUUACUUGUAGUAACAAUAAUAAAAAAGCGGAAAAGCGCCGGAGAUCUCACAGUGUUGAAUCCAUCGAAAAGUCGCCGAAACGCAGAUCGCCAAAUCUCUUUCCUGACGAAACGAAAGAAACUACAGAGCCCUGUAAUAUCGACUCGAAAACAUCAGACGAAAACUCCGUCGAUAGCUCGAUCUCCGAAAGCGAUACCAAAGACGAGGAAGAGCCCAAAAGCGAGGACUCUUCCUCGACCGCCACCACCGACGAAAAAGUCGACGAGAGUCAAGACGAAGAGCCCAAAACCGACUCGAAGAUCGACGAGGAUGAUGAGGAGAACCCCGCGCAAAACUUGAUAGAGGACUCGUUUCCUAUUCUUCCCAAUUCGCUUAUUUUGCAGCAGGAGUCGAUUGUUUUGGAGAAGACGUCGUGUUCGGAGCUGUGCGACGCCGCAUUGUGUCUGGAGGACUCGGCGGAGAAGCUCGAAGCGAGUGUGGAGGAAUCCGAUUUGGUGAUGGCGCAAUUGACCGAAAGCAAUUUCGAAAGUGUGAGGAAUAUCGCAGAUGAUGAUGCGAAUGAGGAUAGGUUUAUCGAUGCCGAGAAUUAUGUGUUAGAAUCGGGACAAAUUACGGUUCAAGAGGCCGAUAAGGAGAAAGAGGCCACUGAGGUCGAUAUACAGGCGACGCUGUUUGGCAAUGAUGCAGCCCAAGCGCCAACAGAAGGCUGCUGUUGGAAUUUAGUCGAUUCGAGUACCGAGAAGCUUCUAGAAGUGCCUUUGCACGCGUUAGAAUCCGUUCCUGCUGGUAUCGUAGGCCAAGAGAAUCCCACCGAACACGUUGAAGUCAUUCCGAUGCAAGAAGAACUCGAAGUGAGAUUGGAACAAGGAAAUUUCCCCGUACCGAAUGACUGGCCUUACGAUGUCAAAAUGGAUUCGGAAAUGGUAGCUGCUGCUUUGGGAACCACCGCGAGCGAUACCAACGCCUCCACAAACAAUAAACCGAACCAAAACUACCAGGAAUUCACCGGAAAUCAAGUCAAACUGGAACUGGAAGUGACUCUAACACCGGAAAUUAUUAGUAACGAUAGUCUUAUAACUAGUACAGUGAGUUCGAGUAAUGGGACGAAUUCGACUGUUACGCCCUCUGUUAGUAAAACAGUAACGACUGUGAUUCCACCGACUACUAUAGUUUGUUUACCUUCGGUUGUUAGUACUGCGUCGUUGGUGAAUCCCCCAGUUAAUGAAACGCAGUGUCCUACUUUACCGAGGCCUGGUAUGGUACAAAGUUCAAGUGCUUUACCCUAUCUGGCUUUGAGUACGAGUCAACCAAUCAGGGCCGUACCAGCCCAUACUAAAUCUAAACCGAAGAAUUCACAAACUAGCAGUUCGAAUCGAAACAGAGGGAGCAAUAAGCCACCUCCGGGAGCUGUUAAUUUGGAAAGGAGUUAUCAGAUAUGUCAAGCGGUUAUUCAAAAUAGCCCCAAUAGAGAUCAACUUAGGUGUCAAUUGAAGCCACCUCCGUCUCUUCUUGCCGCCGCCGCAACUAGCAACACUGUAAAAAAGAAUGAAAACAAUAGACAAACUCAGUACAGUUCGGUGACAUCGUCUCGUGGUUCAACCAAGACGUUUACGCCCCCAUUACCCGCCAGUGGUAACUUUCAAAUGGUGCAAAAUAAUGGUGUCAAAAACGUAGGACAGAAGGCUAGAUCUGUUCCCUACCAGCAGCAGAGGCAACCGAGUCCACCAGUGGUGGUGCGCCACGUGUUCACAUCAGGACAGGGAAUUCCUGUCACCAUGGCUGUGCUUCCUCAACCUCCUGCCUUAAGUCCUGAAGUGGUUGAAGCCCCGAACCCCAUGGGCGCCGUCGGUCAGUACAUUCUGGUGCAGCGCGCCGGCGUCGGCGACCACCACAACAUCCCGCGAUCCUCGAGCGCCCCGCCGUCUCACCAACAACUCCCCACCGCGAUCAACACGCAGAUUGUGUCGGUGGGGGCGCGCGGGCGUCCCGCUAGCGUCGACGCCGACCAUCCCAUCCUGCAACAAGGGGGCCCCCAGCCGCCUCAGCCGCCGCAAUCGAACGAUUUUAUCGUUCAGUGUCCGAAUCCCGGGACGCAAGCGGUCACCCGCAGACAGAGACUGCCCUCAGGUGUGGUGUACGGCGACGUGAGCGUCGAGAAUCCAAUGCACAAUUACACGAUCAUCGGGGGGGAGAAUGUGAUGGUUGACCAUCCGGGGGCGGCGAUGCAGCCCCAAAUGCCGAUGCAGAAGCGGAUGGACAAUUGCGCGUGCAGUUUGAAAGCGAUGGUGGUUUGUAAAAAGUGCGGGGCGUUUUGUCAUGAUGACUGUAUCGGGCCGAAUAGACUCUGUCGUACGUGUUUUAUACGGUAGGUUGGAGGGUGAGAGGUUAUUUGUUGGUAACGGUAAUGGGGGUGUCAGGCAGGGGAAGUGUAGAUAACAGGUCGCUGGUUUGUGAUAUUUUUUUAAACGAAGGUUUGGUUUUAUUUAUAUUUUAGUUAUUGAUUUGUAAUAACGGCGGUUUUGCCCAUUUUUCAUUAUAUGAACAUAAUAGGGGUCUUAGGAAAAAUAUUAUUAAAAAUAAUUUUUGAAACGUACUUUUUUUAUGUAAAAAAAUUUACUCUUAAUUUUACCAGAUUUCGUAUGUCUAGCACGGAAACCAUUACAUUUUUUUGUUUAUUAAUUUACAUAUUCAGGGCUCGAUGAAGGAGGUCCUUAAAAACAAUCUUUAUAAUGUCAACUAUAAUUUUGGAAAUAUUUGUUAUUUCAUGACGGAAAACUCAAUAACACUGCAACGUCAACGACUUUAAUGUCAUGAUUCUUACAAUAUUACGAUCUGUUAUCUACAAGCGGAAUUUUUGUGGUGGUAACAUUUUUAUUUUUUACAUUACAGUUGUCUAAAAGUUUAUUAGCGUUUUCUACGACGUUGGUAACACUAUUCCGUACUAAUUUAAGACAGCUGAUUUUAACUAAAUGGAGAAUGAUAUUAUACGAUUAUUUAUAAGUGAGCAGCUUUAUUGCAAGAUCGUUGCCAACAAAUAAAAAGUGAAAUUGUACUGUGGUAUAUUGAAAAAAUGUAACAAAGAAGACUUGGUUCAUAGUGAUUUUUAAUAUUAGUUUUUAAAUUUAUAUUGUAAUUUACAACAUAGUGAGGACUAUUUUACUUAAUGCUUGUACAUGUGGAAGAGAAUACUCUGAUCGUCACCGAUUUACAUUUUUUUUAUUGUGUAAAUUAUUUUAGUCUGCUACAUAUCAUACACUUCAUUUUAUAUAUUAUAUGUACUUUAUUUUUGUUUAUUUAUUUAUUAUUGUGCUCGCUCAGACGUUUGUUUUUUGUUUGUUAGAAGUCUUCCAGCGUUUUGAUAAAGAAAAAAUUGAAAAAUAAAUUUGUAGCUUGGUGUCCUUUUUCAGUGUACUGUAUGAUCAAAAAAAUUGGCUUUCAGGGCCAGCCGGGAUUACACAGUUUCUUUGAUCAUACGGUAUUUUUACUUUGUCACAAACUGAAUUGUACUACCUCAGGUAUAUUCGAGUAUACUUUUCGAUUUUUGCUAAGGUUUUAUAAGCGUUUCUAGUGCAAUAAAUUGUUUUUGUCGCAUCACGCCACUGGAAAAACAAACUGAUUUUGUGUGAUUUCCCGAAUUUGUAGCAUAAUGCUUUUUAAAAUAGUGUUAUUGUUAGAUUCUAGAGAAAUGUGUAAAAUGACUUUUUUUCGCAUGUGUUAUUCCUAAUUACUACAUGCUGGAACUGAGGAACACACGUUAAAUUAGAUACUCGUUUCGGUUAUAAAAUAAAAACGAAAUUUAGACCGACAAAAAGAAUACACAAAAUUUGACCGGUUUUAAAUUUUUACAGGAACUCAAACUACUUGUUUUUCCCCAAACCCCACAUGUAGUCCAUUUUCUUGUACAGUUUUUAUAGCAUUGCCCUUCAUUUUCUCAAACCCUGUAAAUAAUCUGCGAUAAUUUGAAAUAAAAAAUACUUGUUUUA